AUGGCACCCUCUUCAACACCCAGCCAGGCCGAGCUGGACCGGCGGAGGAUAGUCGGCAUCAACAAGGAAACCGUUACCGAUGUGAACUCGACCGACUACCCGGGCACCUACGCCGGCGAGGACCACGCUUGGGAUCUUGACCGCUUCGCCUCCAACUUCCGCGUUCAGUUCCACUACAACGCCCAACAUGAGGCGUCCUUCUCCCUCAUUGGCGUCGAUGCCUCCAUCGCCAACGCUUUCCGCCGCAUCCUCAUCGCCGAGAUCCCGACCAUCGCCAUUGAGAACGUCUAUAUCGAGAACAACACCUCUGUCAUACAGGACGAGGUCCUGGCCCACCGCCUCGGACUCAUCCCCUUUACUGGUAACCCUGAGGGUAUCCAUAGGUUUCUCAAGUGGUACCGCAAGCCCGAGCAGGGCGGCAAGGGCUCCUUCGAUUACAACACCGUCCAGCUGCGCCUGCGCGUGGAGUGCACCCGUAACCCAGACGCCGCUCCUGGCGAGACCGACCCGAACAAGGCUUUCCUCAACUCGAGCGUAUACGCGAAGGAUAUUGAGUUCGUACCUACCGGGCGCCAGCUCGAGUUUUUCUCUGGCGAGGAUGCCAUUCGCCCCGUCAACCCGGACAUCCUUGUCGCUAAGCUGCGGCCCGGCCAGUGCAUCGAGCUCGACAUGCACAUGCACAAGGGCAUCGGCGCCGACCACGCGAAGUUUUCGCCUGUCGCCACCGCCUCGUAUCGUCUCAUGCCCACCAUCAACAUCACGCGACCGAUUCUAGGCCAGGACGCCGAGAAGUUUGCCAAGUGCUUUCCCGAGGGCGUCAUCAGCAUCGAGAAGGUCACGAAGAAGGACGCUGCUGUCGCUGGUAGCGGAUACGAGGGGCAUGAAGGUGAAAAGAAGGCCGUCGUCAAAGACGCUAUGAAGGAUACAGUCAGUCGCGAGUGCUUGCGCCACCCCGAGUUUGAGGGUAAGGUCAAGCUAGGCCGGGUACGGGACCACUUCAUUUUCUCCAUCGAGAGCACGGGACAGUGGGACAGCGAUGAAUUGUUUUUGGAGUCAGUUAAGCAGUUUAAGACGAGGUGUAUCCGUCUUGAGCAGCAGGUCAUCAACAUGGUUAGAUGA